AAAAUUUCAUUGCACAUAAAUCGAUAGUAAUAAAAUAAAACACAGCUAUUAUCACAUAGCAGAUUCAACAUCUCCGACUAAAAUAUCCAGUUUAACCUUUUUUUUUCAUAGUUUUUGGCUGUGAUUCGUUUGUUCACCUGAAGCAAUGGAGUAUCAAACUCAUUAGCAAUUAAGAAUUCAAAGCGUCCAGUCUAGUUUAAAAAAGUCGGAAAUUUUCAAGACAAACGUUGGUGAAUUUUUUUAAAUGGUCGUUGAAGAGUGGAAAAAGUCUGGCAUUGCCACCAAAUUUCCUACCUAUCGCAAUUCAAAAUUGAUUACAUCUCAAGGUUGGUUGGCGGGCAAGUGUGAGGAUGACGAAGCUGAGGGCUUAUGGCGUAUUAAUGAUGGUAUUUACGACUUUACCGAUUUCAUUCAUAAACACCCUGGAGGUUCCUUCUGGUUGCAAGAAACCAAAGGUACGGAUAUAACUGAAGUCUUUGAAGUCCAUCACUUUUCUUCUGUCCCAGCUAAAAUGAUCGAAAAAUAUAAAGUGGCAGAUGCAGCAAAACCGCGUAUUUAUACCUUGACCUUGAAUGAGAAUGGCUUUUAUAAAACACUGAAAAGGCGUGUAGUUGACAAAUUGAAAAACCUCGAUUAUGGACCAAAGCAAAAGAGUGAUAUCAUCCAUUUAGCUUUGCUAAUAUCGAUGUUUGUGUUCGCUGUGGCUAGUGUAAAAUUCAAUAGUUGGUUGUAUACCAUACUGGCGGGUACAACGUUAUGUUGGACAGUUAUAUCAGCCCAUAACUAUUUCCACAGACGCGAUAAUUGGCGAAUGUAUACCUUCAAUUUGUCCAUGAUGAACUUUUGUGCUUGGCGUAUAUCGCAUGCCAUGUCCCAUCAUAUCUACCCCAAUUCCUAUCUGGAUUUGGAAUUAUCAAUGUUUGAGCCGUUUUUGUGUUGGGUGCCUAAUCUCCAUAUUAAAUCGUUGAUGAUGCGCUAUGUGUCGUGGGUCACAGAACCACUAGUGUAUGCAAUUGCAAUGUAUUUACAAAUUGGCACAAGAAUUGUCUAUUCCCUUUUGCACACAAACAUCAUGUAUUGGCAUGAUAUUAUAUCUCUCUCCAUACCACUGUCGAUGUAUCUAAGCUCAGAUUGGAACUUGUUGAUGUGUAUACGCCAAUGGUUGCUCAUUACGGCGAUUGCUAGUGCUGCAUUCUGUAUAAUUGGCUUAAAUGCUGCACACCAUGAUCCUCGAAUACAUCAUGAAGGUGAUGCCAAUCGUGAAGAUCGCGACUGGGGCCUAUUUCAAGUGGACACCAUAAUUGAUCGUGGUGAUUUGAAAAAAUCACAAUUUCUGGUAUUAACACAUUUUGGUGAUCAUGCUCUACACCAUUUGUUUCCCACACUGGAUCACGGCAUAUUGCCGCAAUUGUAUCCGGUGUUGUAUCAAACCUUGGAUGAGUUCAAGGGGGAGCUAAGGGAAUGCAAUCAUUUGGAACAUAUAUUGGGGCAACACAGACAAUUGCUAAGAAUACAACCUAAUUUGUUGCCUCCAGGCUCCCAAAAGCUUUAAACUUUUGCUAAAUUGAUAUUGAGUUGUUAUUUCAUUGUGAAUUUUUAAGAUUUAUAUUUAGUAUAUUGUUAAUCCACCUUUCCCGGUAAUAAAACAUUGUAAUUUUUUCUUAA